AUGCCGCCGCCGUUUCAUGUCAUGGAUUCUCGGGCGCGACCGCGAACUAACACUCGCGGACGAACUAGGACCGGACAAGCGGCUUACGACAGUCGAUUUUACCAAGUUCCCAGUGUUUCCUCACCAUCUCGUCCCACAUCAAGCUUAGGAAGCGCCCCUCAUAUGCCCCCACCCACAGCCAACCUAGCAGAUCCAUCAGUGUAUCCUUCGAUUCCCCCACGAACAGGCUCCCCCACGCGUCCAUGGAGUCCCGGUCAUGUUCGACCUCCCUCUGUCUCAAGUGUUGGAUAUGAACGUGCCGAUAUCAAUGGUAGCCCACGACCGGGCACCCCAAGCUCACGAUAUGGAGGCAGUCCACGUCGACCAUUGCCACCUGCUCCUUUGUUUUCCGGACCAGCCUCGUCUGGUGUUGACUCAAGUAUUGACAUCGGAGAUGGUAUGGACGGAGAAGACCCCUUCGGAGGUGGCGGUCGAACCAUUCAUCACAACUCACGCGGUAGUGUGCGCUCAUUCAUGAGUGAAUCGACCUACAUGGGUGAUGAGAAAGAUGGAAUGUCCAAGGUUGAUCUUGAUGAGGAAGACGAGGAGGGUGUCAAUAUGGUUGACCCCAACAUGCACUACGGGCCUGCUCCUGAUAAGCAGACUCGUCGAGGUGUGCGUGAGGCGCAGAUGGCCAAGAAGGAGGUGCAACUGAUUAACGGCGAGCUUAUCCUGGAGUGCAAAAUCCCGACUAUUCUUCACAGUUUCCUACCUCGUCGCGAUGACCGCGAGUUUACUCAUAUGCGAUACACCGCGGUUACUUCUGAUCCGGAUGACUUCUCAAGUCGAGGCUACAAGCUGCGACAGCAGAUUGGAACGACUGCCCGCGAGACUGAGCUCUUUAUCUGUGUCACCAUGUACAACGAAGAUGAAAUUGGUUUCACCCGCACUAUGCACGGUAUCAUGCGCAAUAUCAGCCACUUCUGUUCGCGUACCAAAUCCCGUACCUGGGGUAAGGACGGUUGGAAGAAGAUUGUUGUCUGUAUUAUCUCCGAUGGUCGUAAGAAGGUUCAUCCUCGUACUCUCAACGCCUUGGCUGCUUUGGGUGUUUACCAAGAGGGUAUUGCGAAGAACGUUGUCAACCAGAAAGAAGUCCAGGCUCACGUCUAUGAGUACACCACUCAGGUCUCCCUCGACUCUGAUCUGAAGUUCAAGGGUGCGGAGAAGGGCAUUGUUCCUUGCCAGGUUAUCUUUUGUCUAAAGGAGCACAAUCAGAAGAAGCUCAACUCCCACCGUUGGUUCUUCAAUGCCUUCGGUCGUGCUCUCCAGCCAAAUAUCUGUAUCCUUCUGGAUGUCGGUACCAAGCCCGAGCCAACUGCUUUGUACCACCUUUGGAAGGCCUUUGAUCAGGACUCCAAUAUUGCUGGCGCUGCUGGUGAAAUUAAGGCCGGUAAGGGCAAAGGCAUGCUUGGCUUGCUUAAUCCUCUUGUUGCCAGUCAGAACUUUGAAUACAAGAUGUCCAACAUCCUGGAUAAGCCUUUGGAGUCUGUCUUUGGAUACAUUACUGUGUUGCCUGGUGCGCUCAGUGCGUAUCGUUUCUUCGCUCUGCAAAAUGAUGCCGAUGGUAAUGGUCCUCUGAAUCAAUACUUCAAGGGUGAAACCCUACACGGUCAAGAUGCCGACGUUUUCACCGCCAACAUGUACCUUGCCGAAGAUCGUAUUCUCUGCUGGGAGUUGGUAGCUAAACGUGAAGAAAGAUGGGUUCUGAAGUUCGUCAAAAGUGCCGUUGGUGAGACUGAUGUUCCUGAUACGAUUCCUGAGUUCAUCUCUCAACGUCGUCGUUGGCUGAACGGUGCUUUCUUCGCUGCUGUGUACUCCAACUUCAAUGCAAAGCAGAUUUGGUACACCGAUCACAGUAUUGGUCGCAAGAUCCUGUUGCACAUUGAAUUCGCAUACCAAUUUUUCAACCUCCUGUUUACAUACUUCGGAUUGGCAAAUUUCUAUCUCGCUUUUUACUUCAUCGCUGGCUCCCUGACUGACAAAAAAAUUGAUCCCUUCGGUCACAACAUGGGCAAAUACAUCUUCCUGGUCUUGCGCUACGCCUGUGUCCUGGUCAUGUGUCUGCAGUUCAUUAUCUCUCUGGGUAAUCGUCCGCAAGGUGCUAAAAACCUCUAUCUGUCUGGUAUCAUCGUCUACAGUGUUAUCAUGGCUUACACAAUUUUCUGCGCGCUUUACCUCUGUGUUUUGGAGUUGAUGGCCCGCGCGGGAGUGGGCGACACAUCAUUGGAUGUCAGCAACUCCCUUCUUAUGAACAUCGUUAUUUCCAUGUUGAGUACUGUCGGCCUUUACUUCUACAUUUCAAUUCUCUACCUCGACCCCUGGCACAUGAUCACCUCCUCGCUGCAGUACUUCCUGCUCAUGCCAAGUUACGUUUGCACACUGCAAGUGUAUGCUUUCUGUAACACUCACGAUGUUACCUGGGGUACGAAGGGUGAUAACGUGAUGAACACUGAUCUUGGUGCUGCGAAGACUAUCGACGGCAAAACUGUUUUACUUGAGAUGCCAUCAGAGCAAUUGGAUAUUGACAGUGGCUACGAUGCUGCCCUCCGCAACCUGCGUGACCGCCUCGAGGUUCCUGAGACCCCUCUUAGCGAAGCCCAGAUGCAGGAAGACUACUACCGUGCUGUGCGUACAUACAUGGUGUCCGUCUGGAUGAUUGCCAACUUGAUUCUCGCCAUGGCUAUUUCCGAAGUCUACGGUGUUGAUUCCGGUGGCACGAACAUCUAUCUCUCCAUUAUUCUUUGGUCCGUGGCCGGUCUAGCUUUGGUUCGUGCUGUUGGUUCCACAACCUAUGCCAUCUUGCACUUGAUCCACAAGAUCGUUGAAACAAAGACCAAAUUCGAUGCUGGAAACCUGACAAACUUCGCUCCGAGUGCCUUUGGCGGAAGUAGUGUUGGCACUAGCUCCGAAGGUGGGUCCUCGAAGCCUAUCCGCUACAGUGGUAAGCCUAGCUUCAAGGACCGUGUCUCUGAGGCCCGCUGGGCGGUUGGACGAACAAUGGGCAAAGCCAUGUUCUGGCGCAAAAACUAG